AUGUCCAUCACCAGUACAGACCUCGCACAGGCAUUCAAGCAACAGCAUGGACGCGUCCUGAACGCAAUCUCGGAGGUUUACAGCUUGCCCGCUGACGAGCAGGAGUUUGAACGAUUGGACCGGCAGCAUCGUAUGUUCAUCGAGAUCAUGGGCAGAUAUCCUCCGCCCUUGCCUUCAAUACUGGCGCACGAGGAAUUUGGACCCACGAAGUCUGCGUUGGAUGUGGGUUGUGGCAACGGAUCUUGGGCAAUACAAGUGGCCAGCGACUUUCCAUUGUGCAACGUAGUGGCGCUGGAUCUGAUCCCCAUGCAAGCUGAGAGAAUGCCGCCGAACCUCAGGAGCGAAGUCGACGAUGUUAAUUUGGACAUGGGACAUUAUUAUGGAGAGUUUGAUGUUGUGCAUGCGAGGUUGGUUGGGACUGGGAUUCGAAACUAUCCCGAAUUUAUUGAUCAAUGCUCGCUCAUGCUCCGCCCCGGUGGCUUAAUUGACCUCCUGGAGAUUGAUUACCUCGUGUAUGGCCUCGACCAAAAACCGAUAUUAGCACCUGGAUGGAAUACGAUUGAAGCUCCUUACUUGCCACGUUGGAGCCACUAUCUGGAAAACGCUAUCCGAGCCAGAGGCGGGACGGCGCCCGCUUCCCAUUUACUCGAAGGCUUGAUCUACAAUCAUCCGAAGUUCAUGGAUAUGACCUACCACUGCUACUGGGUUCCAAUCGCUCCAUGGCACUAUCGCAUAGCAGGUCUCAAUCUUUCCGACUCGGAAGUACAGCGGCAGAUGCGUAUCGCAACCAUGAUGCGCGAUGACAUGCUGGAGCUUCUUCAGUCCGCUCGUCCUUUACUGCUGAAUAGCGGGUUAGAGCCUGAGCUAGUCUCUGAGCUCGAAGAAGGAUCUCGGCGCGAGCUUACAGAAGCACUCUAUCCAGCGUAUUUCUGCAUCCGGACUGUUCACGCGCGGCGUGCACCAUGA